CGCCCCGAACCAAAGCAGCAUGGCGUCUGAGUCUAUUAUCCUCGAUUCGCAAGGCCCGUCCCUAGCGGGGUGAGCUAUUUGUGCCUCGCCUGUGACGGUUCGCAGAUGGCAGCUGCAGGUACAGAGUGUGGUCGCCUCCGGGGAUGACUGGAUACAGGGGUGUGAUUGUGACGAGAGCAGAAACCUCGAGAAAACAAAGCAAGCAGAAUGCCCCCCAAUUCGCAGACGGGAUCGAUGCAGCCAGAGAUGGAGCGACCGCUGCCCAUCCUGCACGUCGUGUACGCCGGUCGCGGCGAUUCGAUGUACGUCGAGUUUCAGUCCCCCGACAAUGCCGACCAGAGCAAGCUGUAUGUCAUGGAUGGAGGUCCUCGGGGUGAUGGCGGUCUACAUGGAGGUGGUGGCGCUCCGCGCCCGUACGCUCGCUUCUUCCUCUCGGCAGGGCGGGAGAUCUGGUAUACGCAACUGGGACACAGUGUCGAUGCGCCCAUCGAGCUGUAUGCCAUGGUGAACUCGCAUCUCCACGCAGACCACAACGAAGGCAUGUUCAAGCUGUUGCAACUUCCGAACGGCUUUGUCGACUUGAAGACCGGCUUCAUCAUGCCAGCCUUUGAGCAAGCUCGCAAAAAGAACAAACACCUCACAACCCUUCACGAAGAGGUUGGUGCCCAGCGCCCAUAUCUGCGGAAGAUGGAUGGUUGGGAUCAGGGCGCGUUUGAGGGUGGCACGAUCGAGUAUCCUUCUAGUCCCAGGGUCAUCGCUUUGCAGAAAGGCGAAGCCAUGAGCAAGGGCGAGGCGCGCAAGGCGUUUGGCACUUUGAAGAAGGCCACCCAGUUCAUCGGCAGAUUCGUGAAUGCGCUAAACCCACGACUGAUCAUGAAUCGGGGUAAUAGAAACGACAUCAACUUUUCCAGCUUGCUGAUCCACGUAUCGAGCCCCAAUGGCGGGAUUUACCUCACAGGUGACAACAACGGCAACAUCAUCGCACGUCAGUUUGCCAACCAUAACCCUCGGCGUCAUUUCAGCAUCUACAAGAUUCAGCACCAUGGCAGCAGGGAUGAUGCUCAGCUGCAGCCGAAGAAAAGAGCUCACGGUGUGCCAAUAAAAGUGGCUCAAGAGACCGCGCUAUUCAUGACGCUGAUCGCGAGCAACAACAAAAGUAAAAACCGGCAACUGCUCGGGGUCGAUGGUGUGCAGCUAGUGGUAUCGGUAAACGCCAUGAAGGGGCUCCAGGUACUGCGCGCCUUUCUGCAUGACAAGAUGAAAGACAAAGGCGAUCCGGACCCUCUCGUUACGAUAGAGACCUUGCUAGCGCAGCGUCACAAGCAGUACCUGGUCUCUGUGUGGGAGUAUGCCAAGCUCAAGUACUCGAAUAAGUUGACUGGGAGCAAUGGGAUAGAGUAUGGUGAUCCAGCCAAGGAGUGGGAGGCCGUCGUCGCCAAAGUCGCGGAAUGGGGAGCGGAUCGCAACGCUUCUCAGAGGGCCUUCUUCUGGCGCGAGAAAUCGAAGAAAGAGCAUCGAGACAAAGAGCCCAGCGAUCUGACAGAUCCGCUGUCAGACAAGGCGGUGACCAAGAAGCUGAAGGACAGCGCCAUCUCCACCGGCAUCGUCCUUGCAGGCAAUCCCGCCAACGCGUGUACCGCAGCCGUGACGCAACUCGAUGCCGUCAAGAACGGUGACUACUUGACCUGGUGGCAGAGGUGGUGGGGGGGUAAGAAGGGCGACGCCCCAACAGGCCUGCCGUUCAACCUGUUCAGGUCGGUCCAGCGUAUCCGUAAGAUCCACGACUUCUUCGACAGCUUCAUUGCCGAUGCCUACGUCGUCAGCGCCAAUCACACCGAACACAACCACCCGGAUCCCGAGACACUGUGUGGCUUGGCCUCCGCCCUGCACAGGGGCACCGGCGGGAAUCGGCCUGCCACGUUGUACCUGACCAACCCAAGGAGCUUCAAGAAGGACAAGUUCGCAGCUCUCUGCGCUCGGGUUGGCCUGGACGCCGAUCAGCUGUUGGAGAAGACCCUGUUUGUGCGAUAUCCACACACCAGACACACGAUGAGCCUGACGGCGAGCCCGACCCUCGACAAGGAGUACCUUAAACGCCGCAAGAUCGAGUUGCAGGGAGGUUUGCCGGUUGCUACAGACACAAAACAAUAUGCUUCCGAUGUGCACGAUGUAUACGGCGUCACGAAACGCAUUCAGUCGCUGUCAAGAGAUGAGGCGACAGCGUGGAAUCUGGUGCAGACACUACGCCACAUCCACCUGGAGAGUGUGGAGGCGUGGGACGCCCUGUUGCCGACGAUGGCCACCAUGUUCAAUAUCAGCACCUCGGUGCAGACCGGUGACCUGGCCGUGACAUACCAUCUCAUCGUCACCAGUACCGGAAUCCAGCUGGAGACACAGGAACGGGCAGUCCGUGUGCGAGAGGCGUGGGAGGGCAGUCAUAACAGCAAGAUGAAUACCCUUUUCCUCUCGGAGACGGCCACCUCGACGGACCGCCAGAUGAUUCACGUCUCAUUCAACAAGAAAGAAUCUCUCUAUCAGAUCAUGUGGGAGGUGGACAGGAAGAUGUGGACUUUCUACCCGGGGACAACCGCCACCGCAAAGCCGGAAUCCGCCCUGGUGUCCGAGGACAAAACCAAAGUCCCUGUCUGGUUCCACUUCGAGCCCAUCCAGCCCGUGCAGUUCGCUUCGCAGCAGAGCAUAAACCUCAAAGUUCUAUCCGCGCCAUUUGCUUCCAUGAGCGUCGUGGAACAGCCCGUCAGUUUGAUGCGGCGUGGCGUGGCUAUCCGACAGCAGCCAGCUGCGCAGCUGAAUACAGCCAAAAGGGUGAGAGACGGGGACGAAACGCCGGCUGUCUUUGACACCACCUGGGGCGGCAAUGGGAAAGAGAACGGAUUGACCGAAGAUGAAGAAGACAACGACAAAGAAGACAACAUGUCCACCAGCAACAAAAAGCUGGCCAUCACUCGACUCGAGCAGCAGCCAGUGCUAGGCGUUCGAAACACCUUUUACGAGUUCUUCCAAGUCGCACAAGUCGAUGAAACGGAGAUGACGACGGCGGGGAGAGUAAUCAAGGCCAUGGUAGGCAGCGCCAACUUUGCCGACCUGAAGUUCUCAUCCAAAGCCGGCGGCGGCGGCGGGCGCACCACCGUCGAGGAGCAAAUCCUCACCUACGACGUGGACUACACCGACACGCAGGGCACAUGGGUUGAGUACAGCGACGACCGCCUCGCCGUGAUUGCCAACAAUGCCACGAUCAAGCUCCGGAUCCCCCCCAGUGCGACGCUGAGUCUCGACGGCGGGGUGUUGGCUCUCGUCGUCAGCGCCAAUAUCAUGCUGAAGUUUGGCAUCGACAAGGUCUUGACUGUCGGCCUCGCGGUGCAAACGCUGGUCUCAAAUGACGGCCUGGACUCGCUCAACACCCUAGUCAUGACUAGGUCCUUGCACAACGCCCGCGGGCCCUCGCUGCUGUCCAAAGCCCUCGUCGCAACGGGCUACGAGUCCAGCGCCGUGGCUGCCAUGGGAAUGAUCCAAACCCUGGGCGCCGUCAUUGGGGACUAUCACGCCGCCAUCCACAUGGUCUACGACCGCGUUCCCACAGUCCUGGCUAUGCUCAGGGGCUUCGUCAAUCUCCAGGUGGACUGGUUUGCAUCGACGGGCGAAGCCUCAUACACACCUACCAAGCACGUCUACAUCCGCAACGCCCGCAUCGUGUGCAACCUGAAUGACCGCAAACUCGACAAGACCGUUUCCAUCGAUGGUGUCUCUGCCGGCGACUUCUCGCUCUCGCUCAAGACGCUGUUCAUUGACGUCGAAGACGCGCGCAUGGCUUCUGAAAGUGUCACCCUGUACGCCGUCAUGAGCCUCUCGACGGGCGAAGACUUGCAGCUGGCCGUCUCCUUGUCGUCUAGCAGUGACCGCCCUAUUGACGCCUACUUCAUGACGACCGGCGAGGACCCGAGUUCUUCCCUCAAGGCUCUGAUCGGUGCGCUCGGUCAGGAAGCCUCCUCCCCCAUGGAUCUGAGCAAAUUCCUCCUGCCUUCGCUCACUCCGCCCGGUCCAGGACGAGGCGAUGGCAUCAUCGUUCCCGCACGGAGGCUCGAUGCGCUUACUCUCAAGCCGGGCUCAGUGGGCUUCGUGCUGCGCCAGCAUGUAGAUCAAGCCCCGGAAGUGCUCCUCGACCGUAUUUUCCUGACUACUGAAGAAUUCGAGGGCUGGCGCGACCUCUUUCCGCCCGAGAUCACAUCUAAGAUCGUGUCCGGAAAGCCUGUAGUUGACGUGACUAUUUUGAGCCCAUCAAAUUCUCUCACUCGCGCACUCCAGGUCGAGGUCGCUGUCGACCUGGAGCUGACUGCGGGUGACGGCGAUAGCAAGAUUACGCGUCCGGUCGCGGCCAAAGCCUCAGUGGUCCCGCUCAUCAUGAAGGGCGACUAUCAGUAUACUCUCGACGUUGACGCGAGGGAUGCUGCAGACUUGUCAUUUGCCGAGAUCACCCAAGCACUCGGACUGCGCAGCGGUGCAGCGCCUAGAGUUGCAGCCGCGGUGCCACUCCUCGACGCCGUGCUGAUGAACAGAGAAGGCAGACGGGCUUACCUGCGCCGUGUCUCGGCUGGCAUCAUCGCGGUAGAAGGCCCACAGUGGGCGCUCGGCGACUGGAGCGCGACCGCCUGGCUGUCGGAGCUCGACUUGAUUCCUGGUGCGGUGAUGCUGGAAGACGUGCGACUCUCGGUCUCUGAGUUUGAGCAUGACAUUCGCGUCAUGGCGACGGCCGCCAUCCGGCUCCAAACCCCCUCCACCGUCGUCUGGUUUGACCUCAAGCUUCCGACAACGGCCUCCGCAGGCGAGCUGUGGCUCAAGGUCUCUGAGGUGAGGGCUGGAGCAGUCUCGGUUAGCAACGUGCUCGCAGCAUUCGGUCUCGAUACUUGCGAGAACGUGCCACUGGUCGGCCAGGUCCUGUCUAGCGAGAUACGCUCCAUGACCGCCACUAUGCCCACCGCUGUGUCCGGAAAGCCGGUAUCUAUCGACUCCUUCUCUGUCGAGCUCAACCACCCGCUUCUCAAGAUCGGACCAUUCCAGUUCCAGUAUGUUGAGUUCGCGUUCUUCAAAUCGUACGAGAACGAGCAGAGCGACGAUCAAGACGAUAUUGAGGGGGAUUUGGUCCAGGCCAGUGCUCGACUCCUUGGCUGCAAUGCUGAUGAGGAAGACAGCGGUGAUAUCUCCGCCCUGAUAGAAUAUGAUAGCGCUGAGGGGAGCCUGACAGCAGGCCUGCAGCCUGACACCAUUGUCACCAUCGACAGCCUGUUGGCUGCCUCCCUGCCAGAUACCUUCCCUGGACUCGACGCGAUGAAGGCCGCAGCCAACCGUAUGCAUCUCCGGGACGCGAUCAUCGACUUUCAGACCUCUGGAACACUCGACAUCCGUCAUUUCGACUUUUAUGUGGCCGAAGAGACCGCCGUUGAGCUGCAAUCGAUUACUCUAAAGGAGGUUCGAGUCGUCUACGACGAGGAGAAGAAGGAAGGGCAAGAGAAAAGGGACCUGGUCAUCAAAGCACUCCUGGGCAGGGAAGCAGUCAUGACCAACAUCGUCAUCCAGUCACUAGCUGGGCCAGACAACAAAGUCAUGUCCUUUGGCAUAUAUCCCGCCGCCCAGCAAGAGCUACUCCUAGGCAACUUCCUCAGCCUCUUUGGCUGGGACGACAAGAGUGUCGACUUUGCUCACCCAUACACCUACCCGCCGGUCUUCAAAGUGCCUAUCGAGGAGGUCAAGGGCAAGCUCACCCACGUCAUCGACGACAAGGUGAAACCUGUCAAUCCGCCGUCGAAAGAGAGGACAGUGAUGAUGUUGAGAGAUUUUCACAUCAUUGCCAACACUGAAAAGCCCAUCCAGUUGGUUGUGAGCCCGGACGUGGACCUCUACGAUAUCACCCUCGAUUUGGCCUUCUCAGCGGAGGACACGGAGACAAAGUCAGGCCUCAAAGGCACUCUAUACGGCAAGAUAAAGAUCGGAGACUUGCUCCUCAAGCUGGAAUACACCGACGACCGAUACAUGGGAGAAGGCGGAGAGGACGGCACCCCGGAUGCGAGCGAGCCUCCCAGUCAACUGUUCCUGGGUCAGGAGAGCUUGUCUGAGAUUUUGAAGAAGGACUACAACAAGGAGGCUAGUAUCCGGUUGGCUAACGUUGAGAACGCGGGCAUCGACACCACCGCACUCGCAGUUGCGACGAGUAUGCCUGUUGAGAGAACCGCCGUGCCUGAUGUCAAGCUUGGGCUGCACGAGACCAUGGUCAAGCCCACCCGGAUCGGAGGCCGUGUCCGCGUCGAGCCGACGCGCAUGAUUGAGGUCUGGGCAGCUGGAGAUGAGUCCUGGAACAGCCAUACGUGCGGGAUCACCGUCGAAUUGAAAAAUAUCCUUGCACUGUUCAGAUACACACAGGGCCCGCAAGUGCGAGAUGACCCCACGUACGAGGCUUACCUCCGGGGUCUGCUGCAGCUCAAUGGGUACGAGGCGAGGGCAGCGCAACUCUCGAUCAGUUCCGAUUGGAACCGCAUUCUCACGGCGCGGCUCACAAAAUCGGAUGGGGGUGUUGGUGAUGUCGCCGUGUUCGGAGAGGUAGCGGAUGAGAUCAACAAGGCGACCGGCACCGCCUGGAAGGAUACGGUCCCUGCUUUUACUGGACCGAUGAACUUCGAGGAGAACUCGAAGCUAUUCUUCGCAGUCGACUUCUCCCAACAGAGAGCUGUGCUGUCCGCACCCAUCAAAGAUGUAGGAGGAGCGCUGCUCCUGGCGCAAGAUGUCGCCAUUGGGCAGCCCGCCGACAAGACACAGGCGUGGAACGUGUUUUUCCUCGAGACCGCCGAUCUGAACCGUGUCUGGAUGGAGACCAAGAGCGACGUGGUCGAACAGUUCAACAUCUCCGAGGUCGCAGUACAGGUCCUCGGGCAAGAUACGACGAUCAAGGAGGUCCGAGAGCAUGUUGCCGCAAUGCUUCCCAGUGUGCCAGAUCAGCAAGGGCAAGACCGUAGCAAGGACUCUAAGAACCAAAUUCUAGGAGCUGAGAAUGCCACGCCGGCCAAGACGGCGGUCCGGUUGAUGGAGGGCAUGGACGAAACAAUCAUCCUUAGCCACGGGGCGUGGUUCGUUGCCGACAUCGAUCUCUCCCAGCCAGACAGACGGGAUAUGACAGGAAUUGUCGCUCUGGAUGUCUUCAACAUCGGAUCCUCGAACCCUCCCCGUGUGCGUCUCUACGGCAAGGUCCUUCCGGUUGGCAACCAGCAAAAGACAGAGUACCACGUCGACAUCCGCAACCUGCAAAUAUUUGAAGGGGCCGUCACUUUCGACGGCAACCGUGGCCGGUACUUCCCGGGCGAUGAGGAGCUUGUUGUGGUCUCUCCCAUGCAGCUAAGUCUACUAUUUUCGGACAUGGAUAACCAGAAGGAGGGGGAGCGGCUGUCCUUCGAGGUACUACUGACAAUGGACAAGACGAAGACAAGCUUCACCACGAGCAGUGAUACACCGGCAGCCAGCCAAACCAUCACCGAUCCCUUUGGAGGCAUGUUCAACGUCAAGCUCGAGGAUCUCAUGAUCAGGGGCUCAGCGACCAGACAAGACGGCAGCCAGGAUGUGCUGCGCGAAUGCACUAUCUACGGCGCUGCCAUUCUUGGGGGUCGAGAGGACAAGUUACUGGGACAUAUCUACUUUGACCGAGGGCAUCCCGUUGUUUGUGAAGUGGAUUUCACCCUGCAAGUCAUUAAAGAUGGCAGCGUCACUCAGGAUCCCGCGAGUACAAGUAACCCCUUUAUCCCUACAAAACAACAGGAUGGUACUGUGAAGAUGACAGACAUAUACGACGACAUUCUCCGCCCAGCGCCCACUGCUAUAGGCCAGCAGCAGGUCACUCCUUGGCCUAUUGGCUGGGAUAACUUUGAGAUCGAAAGCGCCUACAUCGGUUACAACAGGGCAAAGACGAGUGUGACUAUUGCCCAGCGGACGUACCACGCGGGAUACCAUCUGUACGGCCAACUCCGGCUCUUUGAGCUGCUCAUUCCCGUCUCGGUGCAGAUCAAAGAUGAGCCUCGAGCUCUUGAAAUGACCGGCAGCUACGGACAAGAUCUAGACCUGGGCGUGUUCAAGUUCACAGAAUACGAGGAGGACGGUGGGAAGACAGUCCGUUCCUUGUCACCGACCUUGAAGACUGCCGAUGAAAUGCAUCUCAAUGUCGACAGCGGGCUGAAGCUACUCGGGUUCGAGAAGACUCCCCUCCAACUGAAGUACAAGCCAGCAGAAGCCGACUCCAAGCACAGCCGGUUUGAGGGGACAGCUGAGUACAGCGGCACGACUCUGCGUGUCGACAACCCCAAGAUCAAUAUCUUCUACUCGGACGGCCGCUGGGGCUUCUCUGGGUGGAAGAUUCACCGCAGCGCCUACUGGGACUCGGGCAAGAUGCCAUCCCCACUGCCGGACCAGCUGCCGGCCGACCUCGACAACGUCCCGCUCAAUAUUGAUCGGACUAUCGAGGUGGGCAGCACAAAGGAUAAGCCUUGCGGCCCUCUCUCCCCGUUUACCAUUGGGGAGAGGGUCGAGAUGGAGCUUGACUUUGAGCUUGGGCUUGUGGAGAUGAAGCAGGCGGCAAUGCUGGCGCGGGAGAAGGAUGCCGACGCAAAGGGGUUUGUGUUCCAGGUGGGCAGCUGGUCAUGCUCGGUGUUCGUCCAGGGGAGGCAAGGCCAGUCCAAGACUGAGAUCCAGCUGCCUCCGUUCGAGAUUAUCCUGCCGUUUGCCGGGUUCGAACCUGACACGUUCAAGGGCGUGCUUACGGAGUUAUGGCACAAGAUCCUGGGCGAGGAGGUGCUGGAGCAGAUCGGCUUGAAGCUGCUUGAACCUGCAGCUCUAGGGGGGCUGCUGGGUGGCAUGGACGCCGACAAGGGUAUUCCAUCCGACCAAGUCGUACCGCUGGUCUGUCGUGAGCCCACAGGUGAUGGGACCAAGGGGCUCCGGGACAGGGCGCAGAAAGACCACGAGGACGAGACCAAGAAGAAGGAGGACGAAGUCAAGGGAGGGGGAGGAAAGCUGGACGAUGUAACGGCUAGGGCUGGAGGGGAGCAGCCACCUGGACAAGCACCCGGUCUGAAUCCUGGUGAUCCCGGAAGUACUCCUCCAGGUCCCGGUUCCAUUCCAGAUCCUGGCUCUAUUCCAGAUCCCGGUUCUACUCCAGGUCCCGGUUCUAUUCCAGAUCCUGGUUCCAUUCCAGGUCCUGGUUCCAUUCCAGAUCCCGGUUCUAUUCCAGGUCCUGGCCCUACUGGCCCUAGUCCUGUUGAUCCAUUGCCUAUGCCAGAGCCCCAGCCACAGCCUCAGGAUCCCCAGCCUGGAGUGCCCCCAGCGGCAGACCCUAGGGUUCUACCGUUCCCAUUGCCGUUCCCAUCUCCUCCGGACACAACCCCAGAUCUCCCCGACACGGACUGGCCGAUCCCCGGCCCAGGGCAGAUCCCCGGGGGUCCGUUUGGGACUGUUGGCCUACUGGUGCUCAUCAAGAUGUACGUGGAGGCCAUCACUGGCAUCAACGACAUCGAUCCAGAGGACAUCAGGAGCAAGGGACUGGGCCGCGUACUGAGGAAGUGGAAGGCCUGGGAGGGGUUGGCCGACGACGUUGAUCGGCGGCACCAGCGUCUGAUGGACCAGAUCGCCGAUGCCGUGGCCAAAGGACGCAGUGCCAAGCAGGCGAUCCAGGACCGCAUGAAUCUACAGCUGCAGCAGCCCAUCACGGCGACUUUUGUGACUCCUCAGGACGAGUCGCACAUCGAGGUCGAUGUCAGUCCGGCACUCCCGCUGCCAAAAUGGGUGCAUCCAGAGGACUACCAGGGUGUCCAGUGGCAAGUGUGCCUGGUAGCAGAGAAGGACAAGGGUUCACCGCCGCCGCCGCCACCCCCGUCGGCCACAGGCUCCCCUGGCAAGGAUGAUGGGUACCAGUGGUACAGCUUCAGCGGCGUGGGAAGAAAGCUCAGGUGUCCUGCCGAGACCUUCAGGCGCGUUGGUACCGUCCAUGUAUGGGCGCGUAUGCGUGUCGUCUAUCGCGGCCACGAGUUCGUUGCUACAGAGUGGAAGCCGGCGACGGCGGUGCAUCUGCCGUGGCUUGAGCGGCCACGAGGUGUGCAGCUCUUCAUGCGCGACGCGUCGACUGUCGUGGUGGAAGUCCCCGCCGCGUUCGAGCCUGCGAGCGACUGGGACAUCCGACUGGUGAGCGGAGACAAGAGCGCCGAGGUCCUUUACGAAACAGACUCCUCCUCCCUGUCGUCGACGACGUCCUACUUUUCUCACCCGAACGCCGGACCCGGCAAGUUUGCCAUCGAUGUGGCUGCGUUCGGGUACGACAGGACGGCGUUUCAGGGGCCUGUCGUCGCUCGGGUCCGGCAGCGGCCCUGGUUCGCCAAACUCUUCAACGCGAGCCUCGAGACCGACUCGUUCCAGACGCUGGAAGUCGUCGCCGCGCCAGCGGGAGUGGUGGCACGGAUGGAGGGCAGCGACAUCGCGGUCGGAUGGGAUGCUGCCCCCGGGCUAGCCGCUGCGGACUAUACCAUCAGUCUGAGGCGGCAACAGACACGGCGCGAGGUGGAAUACACCGUCGCCUCUUCGCCAGGGAUCCGGGGUACCCGGAUCGAGGGGCUCCUCUCGCUGGUCGACCCGGAGGAGGGCGAAAGGAUGGAGGUCAUCGUGUGUGCCAAACGAGCUGGCGCGAUCUGUCUGCUGUCCGCCACGAACCUCACGCUGCGGCCGCCGCUACAGAUCCAAAUCGACGAGUCGUCCAACUACGACCUGGUCACCCGCAUCCUGAGUCUGAGUAUCAGCCCUGUCAACCGGCCGCUGAGCAAAAAGACCAAAUUCCAACUGCACAAGGCCCGCACAGGGUCCGCGGCACCUGUCAUGGUUGUGGAGGAUGUGCCGGCCAAGUCGAUUCACGGACACCGGGCAGUCUUGCGGUUCGGGCCUGAGCGAGCAGAUUGGGGCGGCAGCUUCUUUGUGCGAGUGCUUGAGCCGGCGCCAGAGGGCAGUAUGGUCGUCGAGGAGGAGGCCGACUCGGAGACGUGGGAGUUCCCCAGUCGCGCCGUGGCGGACGGGGGAGCAGACGGGAGCAAGAUCGGCACCGUGACGGCCGGAUUCCUCGCCGCAGAGACAGGAUCGUCGUCUGCAUCGCUGGAGGUCAAGUGGACGGAACAGCAGCCGCAGCCGGGCCAGGAGGUGGUGGUGACGGUCCUGUGCGAGACGGCGGCGUUCCGGGCCGUUUCCACCAAGGCGGGCGUCGUGGAGGGCAAUUGUCGAGUCGAGAUUGACCGGGCAGACCUGCCCAGCUCAGGCUCGAUGCUGACGGUUGUUGUCUUGGUCAAGAUAGCCUCGAACAAGGCUUUGGAUGCUGUCGGGCACAGGGAGACGAUCCAGGUGGAGGUGCCUUGAUGGAUCGCAUGUCUGCCUCGACGAGGAAAGUAAGCAAACCAUGUGUCGCCAAUGAAGUCACAUUCAUUUAAAUUCCUUAUCUAGUGCUAUUCAAAGUACUUUCUUAUAUCUAUGUUUAUUUUUUAUUUCUUGAGUGAUAAGUAAAACCUUAUAAGACUUGAACAUAUUAAAGCAAAG